AUGUGGUGGUGGCUGCUGGGUAUAUUGAGCUGUGUGCUGCUGGCAUUGAUCGUCAUCUUCUUCUUGACCACCGGGCAACGCCACAAGGUGUUCAGCGAGAAGUGCCUAAGGCCACCAGGACCAUUGGUCACUGAUAGCAAACAGAGGGAUGAAAGGCUGAAGAAAGGAUUUCGUGUGGACCGUGUUCCCCCUGCUCUGGAUGCUGUGGUGAUUGGCAGCGGUAUUGGAGGUCUAUCAGCAGCAGCGCUUUUGUCCAAAGCUGGGAAAAGAGUUUUAGUUCUGGAGCAACAUGAUCAGGCUGGAGGCUGCACACACACUUUCGAGAAUAAGGGAUUUGAGUUUGAUGUGGGAAUCCAUUACCUGGGCCAGCUUCAUGAGAACAGCCUGCUGAAGGUUUGCCUGGAUCAGAUCACUGAGGGACAGCUGCAGUUCACACGACUGGAGCAGCACUUUGAUACACUGGUCUUGGGUCAGCCUGGACAGGGCAGGGAGUACCAUAUUCAUGCAGGGAAGACUGAGAUGGCAGAUAGCCUGAAGAAACAGUUCCCAGAGGAGGAGGAGGCCAUUGAUGAGUUCAUGAGAUUGAUGAAGCUUGCUUCUCGGCGGACGCCACUUAUCGCCACACUGAAGCUCAUACCAUACUGGCUGGUUAACUUCCUGAUUCGGACUGGCCUAUUAUAUCGCAUAUCUUCAGUGUUCCAGCUAGCAACAACCAAUCAUUCAGAAAUAAUGUCCAGACUCACCCAGAACAAGGACCUGCAGGCACUAUCGGCCUAUCUGUUCUAUGGUGUGCCUCCUAAAGAGUCCAGCUUCCUCAUCAACGCUCUCCUUCUUCACCACUACAAGCGUGGUGCGUACUACCCACGAGGGGGCGCCAGUGAGUUUGCGUUUCACAUCAUCCCUGUUAUUCAGCAGGCAGGCGGUGCUGUACUGGUCAGGGCUCCUGUACAACGCAUCCUGCUCAACCAGCAAGGGAAGACCUAUGGUGUGACAGUGCUUAAAGGAAAAGAAGAGAUUGAGGUCCAUGCUCCUGUUGUUAUUUCCAAUGCUGGGAUCUUCAACACCUUCCAGAAGUUUCUGCCUAAGCAUAUACAAGACCAACCAGAGAUCCACUCACUGUUGGGAAUGGUGCGCCAUGGUAUGGGUUCCUUCUUGGUCUUUGUUGGCCUGGAUGGAACCAAAGAGGAGCUUGGCAUUGUUUCCACCAACUUUUGGAUGUACAAAGACAAUGACUUGGACUCACUAAUGGAGAAAUACUCUUCUCUGAGCAGAGAGGAGGUAUUGGGGAACAUUCCCAUGAUGUUCAUCACAUCUCCAUCUGCCAAAGAUCCCACAUCCAACACCAGACACCCAGGUAAGUCCUGUAUGACUUUGCUAACCAUGGCUCGCUAUGAGUGGUUUGAGGAAUGGGAGGGGACAAAGCUUGGUAAGAGAGGACAGGACUAUGUGGAUAUGAAAAACAGCAUGGCGCAAGAGUUGCUGGACUGGGCACUAACCAUCUUCCCUCAACUGCGAGACAAGGUGGUGAUGGUGGAUGCAGCCACCCCUCUAACCAAUGUCCACUAUUUGGGCGCUCCAAGAGGUGAGAUGUAUGGUGCUGAACACAACUUGGAGCGCUUCAACCCAGAAACCGUUGCAAGGACACGAGCUCAAACACCGAUCGACGGUCUCUACCUAACAGGUCAGGAUGUAUUCUGUAACGGCAUGGCUGGGGCUCUGCAUGGUGGACUGCUCUGUGCCUCGGCUGUCCUCAAUCAGAUCCUCUAUAUUGACCUUCUAGCCCUGAAGAACCGCCUCAAAAACAAAAAAGCCAAUCAUAAGCUGACAUGA